ACCCAUCAUCAUUCUAUUUUCUACCAUAUAAUAUAUCACACCUUAAUUUGUUCCUCCCGAAAUUAAUAGUCUUUUUUUAAUUUCACUACACAAAUACUAUUUCUGUUUGUUAACUAUGGAAUCCUCUUCAGCUCUAACACUUUCUCAGCUUCCUUAUGUCUACCCUACUAUACCAAGCACCAAUAAAAACUAUCCUUUUUGGCCAGCUAGCAAGAGAAGGAGCUCUCAAUUAUCCACACGGUUGCAAUGUAACAAGAUGUUUGUACCUGGAUUCGGAGAAGCAACACCUGAAGCAAAGGCUGCCAAAAACCUACAUAAUUUCUUCACCUACACUGCAGUUAAAAUUGUUGCUUCUCAACUUGAGAGCUAUAAUCCUGAAGCAUAUGUUGAGCUAAUGGAAUUUGUGGAUAAACACCCGUUAGAUGAUGGUGACAAGUUUUGCGCCACUAUGUUCAGAGAAUCAUCAAGACAUAAGAACUUAGCCCUACGCAUAAUGGAGGUGAGAUCAGCAUACUGCCAAAAGGAUUUUGAAUGGGACAACUUGAAGCGUUUAGCUUUUAAGAUGGUCACUGACUCUAACACAAGGCUUAUGAGGGAUUAUGUCUCGGAAACCAGUCGUUCUGAAACCGAGAAGUGAAUGGUUCUGCAGCAAAGCAAACCCUUUUAUUCCCUUUAUAUUGAUCGAACAAAAGCAUGUGCAACAUAUUGAUAUGUAUGGAAAUCAGAAAGAACGCAGAAGAUUCACUCGCAUGGUUCUCGAUAAAUUGCAUAGCUUGGCGUUUGCAUGGUUAUAAUGAUUAAAAAUCGAGUUCCGCCAUUAAUGGUUGCACAAAUAUGUAAUACAAAUUGACAGUCAACAGACUUCCAUGACUUAAUGAGAUACUUGGUGAACUUCAAUAACAUGUAAGUGUAUUAUGAAGAAAGAAAAAAAACGUAAUUUUAUGAUUCAACUUUCUUUUAGAAAUUUUCUAACAUGUGCAAAUUUCGCACAUGAUAGAAAAACUCUUUAGUUUGAGUUAAUCGAUAUAACAUUUUUCACAA